AUGGUGCAAUCAUUGGAUGAAGUUACGUGGUACAGCAUCUAUCCGACGAUGUGGACCGUGGAAGAUGUGCACAAAUGGAUUUCCUUGUCUGCCAAGCAGUACAACAUGAAGCCCGUCGACCUGACGAAAUUCGCUGUCGACGGAGCAACGCUUUUGUGCUUCACGGAAGAAGAGUUCAAGGAACGCGCCGGAGAC